AUGUCUAAGUUAAAUUUAGGUCCAGUUAAGGCGAUUAAUGUUAUGAAGAAUUGUUUUGGCGGUUUUGAAAACGUGGGUGCAAGUAAAGUUGAAUUUAAGAACUACAAGAGGCAAAUUAACUUGUUCAUAUGGGAAUACGACGCUGAGAUGGUUGUGAGACAUUUGGAUGAAAAAAAGUCACAGCCUAAUUUCUCGUAUGAUUAUUUCACAGACGAAGAGAAUCCUUUGAAGGGACUUUUUUUGGUUAGUGUUAGGCUAUGCAAUUCCACCAAUUUCAAAGAACGUAUUUAUGGUAUUGUGUGGACGGAUAUUCUUACACCCGAAGAGUUUGAAUCAGAAUGGGAAGUGGUUAUCAGAGAGUUUAAUUUAGCAGAUAAUGACUGGCUCUUUGAUAUUUUUGCACUCAGAGAAUCUUGGAUCCUUGCAUGCUAUAUAAUGGAGGAGCUGUCGGGCCUUAUGCGAACGACAUCGAGAAGAACAGCGUCGCAGGCACCGAAAAAUGAUCAUGAAUCUCGAUACAAACGCCCCCAACUGAAGAAUAAUUACCAAGUGUUGGAGGGUCAAGCUGCUGACAUAUACACGAAAAAUAUUUUUUGUGACAUUCAAGCUGAGCUAAUCAGAAUUGCGGAUUGCAUAAAUCAACGUUACGAAGAUCAGGCCGAUGGGUUUGUUAAGUUUUACAUAAAUGAUUUCCAGCAGCCUUGUACAUCCUUAUUUGAGGUAAUGUACCGUAAGUCUGAUUGCACAUGCAGUUGCUCAUGCAGGCGUUUUGAGAAGUUUGGUUUGCUAUGUAGACAUAUAUUCUAUGUUUUGCGAAGUUUGGACAUUAGGGAAUUUCCAAAACAAUACAUUUUGAAUAGAUGGCGUAAAGAGGCUUCCCCAAACUGCUCUUCCGAAUACUCAAUUAGUCUUGAAUAUAUGACAGAGCUUGAUCCCGAUGUGCAAAGUAUGAUGCGAGAAAUUAUUUUUUCAACGGAGUAUACUUUGAACCGUUUAUCUGGUAAUAAGGAGGAGCUAUCCUUAUACAAGGAUCAUGUUCAAUCUUAUAUGAAGAAGGUUCAAGAUAUCCAGAUUGUUGCUCCUCCCGCUAGUACUAAGGAUAGAUUUGCGGAGAUAACCGGUCAAUAUAAAAAUGACAAGAAUCCGAUAAGAGUCCUUGUUGGGUGUAAGUCGAAAGGUUCUGGAUAUCGGAAGCUCCUGAAAUCCAAACAGCAGGUAGCAAUCGAAAAAACGAAAUCAAAGUCGAAACCCGGGGCCAAAGAAAGACAGUGUCAUAAUUGCAAAGGCUACGGACACUAUGCAUCGACAUGUAAAAAGGCCGUAAUUAAAAGAAAAUCGACACGGUCUUCGAGAGAAAGUGAAGAGUAG